AUGAAGUCCGCUGCCGUUGCUGCUUUUGGCCUCUUCGCCGGCCUGGCCUCUGCCACCUCCCCCAUCCGCCACCUGCACUUCCCCAGGUCCAACACCACCACCGCUGCCGUUGACGAUGCUGCUCCCACCACGCUGACUGUCAUUGCUACCUCGGUUCACACCGUCAUUAGCUGUGCUCCCACCGUCACCAACUGCCCGGCUCACCUCAACUCCACCGGUGCUGGCAGCCUGCCCGAGUCGGCCAGGACCACCGUGAUUGUCACCGAUACCAUUGUCCUGGCCACCACCGUCUGCCCCGUGGCCGAGGCUUCCAGCAUCUCGUCCUCUCUGCAGGCCGCUCACUCCUCCGGCCAAAUCACCGGCUCGACCAUCAAGGCCACUCCUCCUGCUGCCGUCACUCCCCCGCCCAACGCCGGCGUUUCUGUCACUGAUGUUGUCACCGACAAGACCCUGACUUACACCAUUGGCAAGGGAGCCGGUGCCUCUGUCGUCACCACCACCAUUCAGGCCACUACCAAGAAGACCAUCACCCUCACCAGCACUCUCGGCAACGGUGAGAACGGCCCUGAACCCACCACCACCACCACGGCCACCACUACUGACACGACCUACGUUACAGUCCAGCCGGUGCAGACCUCCGGUGGCAGCUCCGGUUCCAACACUGGUGGCAACGCUCCUCCUGCCAACGUCCCUCCUGCUAACGGCGAGGGUUCUUGCGCCAGCGCCACCGUUACCGUCACCGUCGCCAAGGAGACUGUCACUGUCCCCGCCUCGACCGUCUAUGUCACCAUUGCUCCCAGCUCUUGUGACUCUGGCUCUGCUCCCGCCGUCACUGACAAGUCCACCGACAACUCUGGCUCCGGCAGCUCUGGCUCCAACUCUGGUUCCAACUCUGGCUCUGGCAGCUCUGGAUCCGGCUCUGAGGGCAGCGGCAACAACAACGGCUCUGGCGACUCUGCUGCCACUGCUACCACCAGCACUCCUUGCCCCACUGACAUUACCACCACCGUCCGUGCUACUGUCACUGUCCAGCCUUACCCCAUCAACAACGGCACUGUUCCCACCAGCGGCGCUGCUCAGGCUUCCGCUUCCGGCUUUGCUCGCCGUCUCCGCCGAUAA